AUGACUGCUCCACACAGAAGUACUAUUCAUAUUCUUGGGUUAGGUGCCAUGGGUACCGUUUUGGCAGUUGACCUUUUAAGAUUUACCAAUGCCCUUGUUGUGCCCUUAUUUAGAUCGCAAGAAAGGCUUGCACAAUUUAAAAAAGCAAAUGGGAACAAGAUUUCGAUUCGUAAACUUUACUUGGAAGGUUCGCCAAUAUUCUCUUAUCCGGUGGAGAAAAGCGAAUGCCCUGAAACUUUCUCUAAAAGACCCAUUGACAAUUUAGUCGUCACUACGAAGACUUACCAGACCAAAGAAGCGCUAGCUCCUUAUUUGCCCUAUAUUAAUGAAAACACGAACUUAAUUUUGAUUCAAAAUGGAUUAGGCGUUUUAGAGCUAUUGAAAGAAGAAAUCUUCACAGAUUCAAAAAAUAGACCACACUUAUUCCAAGGUGUCAUCUCUCAUGGCGUUUAUCAAGAUAAGGCAGGUGUUUUCAAUCAUGCUGGGUGGGCCGGUAUGAAAAUUGCCAGGUUGCCUUGGACGGAUGAAGAAAUGAUUCAAAAGAAAUCCGAAGUUAAAGAAGAUGCCGCUAAUAACUCAUUAGUAAAAUUAUUAACUGAACCUAGCUUUGCCAAAGAAUUUGGAAUAGAACACUCCACUUACCAAGAAAUGCUAUUUGGUCAACUGUUUAAAUUUUUGGUUAAUGCAUGCAUGAAUCCAGUUACUGCCAUACUAGAUUGUGUCAAUGGUGAAAUGAAGGACAGUUGCGGUCCAGUUUUCACAUCUAUUAUUGACGAGUGUUUACAAAUAUUGAGAGUGGCUUAUAGACCAUUGUUUCAAUACCACGAAAAAUACAGCGGUAAUGAAGAAUACCCAGAAAUGGACGUCAAUGCAGUAUUGACCACCGAUAACAUGGUCUCCGAAGUUACUAGAAUUGGUUGCGAAAUCAAUUCUAAGAACAGUAGUUCAAUGAGGCAAGACACCUUGUUCUUGAGAGACAUUGAAAUUGAGUAUAUCAAUGGUUAUGUCGUUAAAUUGGCUAAUAACUUGAAUCUAGACCCAAACUGCUGCAAAGUUAAUAAGACUAUAGGAGAAUUGGCUACUCUGAGACUAGCAUUGAACAGAUCCAGAAGGAUCAACGGGGAUUGGAGAAAGGACUGA